CAAGAUUUUUUCUCUUUUUCCCGUUAGAACUCUCUCCUCUUAUCCUCCAAAACUUCAUCAAAACUAUCUUCAAAGUUAUCUCCAAAAUUCAAAUGAUAUUUGCAGGACCAAACUCCGGCGUUCAAAUAAGGUUCAACUGGUGAAUCAAAGUUUUCAACGAUGGCAUUUUCUCCAACUCCCAUCUCUUCUUUCUCCCUCACCAACCCAACACUGCCCAAAAGGAUUUCUUCAGUACCUUCUGCUGUACACUCAAAAGGCGUAGCCAAAGAUCUCAUCUUUAACCACGACGGUUCAGCCACAAAGAAGCUGCUGGCAGGCGUGGACAUGGUGGCAGAGCUGGUUGGGGUUACGUUGGGCCCAAAGGGAAGGAAUGUGGUGCUGCAGAAUAAGUAUGGACCUCCCAAGAUAGUCAAUGACGGUGAAACUGUCCUCAAACAGAUUGAGUUGGAGGACCCUGUGGAGAAUGUUGGAGUGAAAUUGGUGAGACAAGCUGGUGCAAAAACAAAUGAUCUGGCUGGAGAUGGUUCCACUACAGCUGUAAUUCUUGCUCAUGGCUUAAUCGCUGAAGGUGUGAAGGUUACUGCAGCUGGCAUGAACCCCAUUCAAAUUGCUCGUGGCAUUGAGAAAACUGUGGUAGCCCUCGUUUCUGAACUCAAAUUGAUGUCCAGAGAGAUUGAGGAUCAUGAGCUUGCACAUGUUGCUGCAGUUAGUGCAGGCAAUGAUUAUGCAGUGGGGAAUAUGAUUUAUGAGGCUCUUCUUCAAGUAGGAAAGAAGGGUGUGGUUACUAUUGAACAAGGGAAAAGUACAGAGAACAAUCUACAAAUUGUGGAAGGAAUGCAGUUUGAUCGUGGAUACUUAUCCCCUUACUUUGUCACUGAUAGAAGAAGAAGGAUAGUGGAGUUUGAAAACUGUAAGUUACUUUUGGUCGACAAGAAAAUUACAAACCCCAAGGAGAUGUUUAAAUUAUUGGACAAUGCGGUGCAAGAAAAGUAUCCAAUUGUGAUAGUUGCAGAGGUCAUUGAGCAGGAAGCUCUAGCUCCAGUAAUUAGAAACAAACUCAGAGGUGUGCUGAAAGCAGCUGCUAUUAAAGCUCCUGCCUUCGGUGAGCGCAAAAGCCACUACUUAGAUGACAUUGCCAUCUUGACUGGAGGAACUGUAGUAAGAGAUGAGAUGGGGAUUAUCCUAGAAGAUGCUGGCAAGGAGGUUUUGGGUACUGCUACUAAGGUUGUGAUAACUAAGGAUUCUACAUUGAUAGUUACCGAUGGUAGCACUCGAGAAGCUGUUGAAAAGAGGGUUUCUCAGAUACAAAAGCUUGUUGAGAACACUGAAGAAGAAUUUCAAAAGAAGAUAUUAAAUGAAAGAAUAGCAAGAUUAUCAGGGAGAAUUGCUAUUCUGCAGGUAGGAGCACAAACACAAGUUGAGUUAAAAGAUAAACAACUUAGAAUCGAAGAUGCUUUGAAUGCGACCAAGGCAGCAAUUGAAGAAGGUGUUGUAGUUGGUGGUGGCUGCAGUCUUUUGAGGCUCUCCAAAAAGGUGGAUGGUAUUAAAGAACUUUUGGAUAAUGAAGAACAGAGGAUCGGAGCAGAAAUCUUCAAGAGAGCUUUAAGCUAUCCUGCAAAACUGAUAGCAAAAAAUGCAGGUGUAAAUGGAAAUGUUGUAGUUGAGAAGAUUCUAUCUAACGAUAAUAUGGGGUAUGGAUAUAAUGCUGCGAAAGACUGUUACGAAGACCUAAUGAAAGCUGGGAUCAUGGAUCCAUCGAAGGUUGUUAGAUGUUGUUUGGAGCAUGCAGCAUCAGUCGCCAAAACUUUUCUGACAUCCGACGCUGUUGUAGUCGACAUUAAGGAAACACAGCCCUUUCCAAGAAGAAUGCCACCAAAGCUGCCCAAUAUCCCAAGAAGAAUGCCACCAGAACUGCCCAACAUUCCAAGAAGAAUGCCACCAGACCUGCCCAAUAUCCCAAGAAGAAGGCCAACACCAAUGUCCAUGUCCAUGCCAAACUCAGGUGCUGGACCAUUUGGCCUUUAGAUGGCAGAUGAUGGCUAUACUGAUGCAGCCCACAAAACCCUGAUUUCAUCUAUCUGAGCAAAGUUGAAGGGGUCAUGAAAGAGCCA